UUGUUUAUUUUUGGUUUUAGAAACUCCUUUGAAAUCAAAGUCUAGAAGAUGGCUGAUGAACUGAGCAGAGUAUUUUUGUGGGGUAUUCCUCGAUCAUUGACUACGGUUUUCAUCAAGUGUUUGAGUUACGUCGACGGGAUCCAGAUAGCAACCCAGCUCUACGCUGAUGCUCACUUCUACGGACCUGAUGCCGAGCUACCUGUCGGUGGUCCACAAGAUCCGAUGGGGAGUAAAAUACUUGAACUUCUCAAGACAGAUUACAAGAAGAGUCAGAUGGGUACCUCGGGGUCAGACUCAAGCGUGUUGUCUCUUGAAUCCAUCCGUGGCAUCUUAGAAGCCCCCUACCCUGGCAAGAAGGUCUUGUUCUGUAGGGACCAGGCCCAGUUUCUGGAUGGCCGCUAUGACAUGCUGCCCCAAGGAUUCAAAUAUAGUUUCAUUAUUCGACACCCGCACAGAGUGCUUCUGUCUAUCAAGAAGUUCUUGUUGGGAUACUGGGGCCAUUUCACUGACUUGAGGAGCCUGCUUCCCAUUCUGUUUCCUCCUGGCUGCGGUUACAAGGAGCUCUACGAUUUGUUCGAGUACGUCCGGGAGAACAUCGACCCCUCGCCGGUCGUACUGGACGCCGACGAUCUGCUGCAAGACCCGGCAAGGAUCUUGUCGACCUACUGCUCCAAGAUGGGAAUACCGUACUCUGACAAGCUGCUGUCUUGGGAAGUGGGAGAAGACAUCGUCGAUCAGUGGAUUGGCACGAAGAUCUGCAUGGCUAAUAAUCACGACCAUGCCUAUAAACACGCAUUCGCCAGUGAGGGAUUCGGCGCGCCCGCACCCGUUCCUGAGCUGGAUAGUUUACCGGAUGAUGUACAGGCAUGUGUGCAGUUCAGCAUGCAAUACUACGAACACCUCCAUCAUCGGAGGAUUGUUGUAAACUCUGACAAUAAAUAACGUUAAAGGGUGUAAUAAAUCUGAACAAAUAGAACUUGAAUGUCCUGACUUCAGCAAAUAGCUUGCAAAAGUGGUACAAUCACGACGUAUUGUCAUCAGAUGACGCUUGUGUUAUUGGGUAUUUUUUGGUGGUUCACUCAGCGUAUUUUGAGAGUGGGAGGUAUAUAAGCCUACGAUCUUAUGGUAACAUUGUAGAAACAGGUGAGCUAAAAUUAUAGAAAAUUGAUGCUCUUCGAAAAAGCCAUGAUUUGAACAGGAAAUAGAAAAUCUAAUUCCCCAAAUAAACUGCAAAUCAUAUGUAGUGCCCCUCUCAGAGAGCGGAAGGAAAUUACCCCCCCUAAAAAAAUAGUCUUUCCCCUUAUUCUUGCCUCAUGUGUUUUCCCCAUGCUCAUGUGGCUAGCACAUGCUCACUUUUAGCCUGUACAGCUGGUCAGCUGGGCAGUGACCCAGUUGCCAUGGUCACUUCCUUCUGAUUGGCUAAGGCACCCAGCAGGAAAUG